AUGGUGGCUGAGACGCAGCGGAGCGGAGCAAUCCUCCUGGGAAAAACAGAGGCAGCCGUUAGCACCCUCAACUACACAGCUCCCAGAACGAGGGCAGCUGUGACCCAGUCCACUCCUGCACCCGUUUAUGUUCCUUGGGUGGGUGUGACUGGUGUCCAGCCACCUCCCGUGCCUGUCCCAGCGCCCAGGCUAAGGGCAGCCAGAACCCAGCCUGACCUCCCUAGAGUCUCGGAAGAGCUAGCCUCGCCACCUCUUCCAGUCCAGUCACCUGUAGCCCAGUCUGUCCUCCAGUUGCCCUUAGCCCAGUCUGUCCUCCAGUUGCCCGUAGCCCAGUCUCCUGUCCUCCAGUCGCCCAAAGCCCAGUCUCCUGUCCUCCAGUCCCCUGUAGCCCAGUCUCCUGUCCUCCAGUCGCCCUCGCCCGUAGCCCAGUCUCCUGUCCUCCAGUCGCCCGUAGCCCAGUCUCCUGUCCUCCAGUCCCCUGUAGCCCAGUCUCCUUUCCUCCAGUCGCCCGUAGCCCAGUCUCCUGUCCUCCAGUCGCCCGUAGCCCAGUCUCCUGUCCUCCAGUCCCCUGUAGCCCAGUCUCCUUUCCUCCAGUCGCCCGUAGCCCAGUCUCCUGUCCUCCAGUCGCCUGUAGCCCAGUCUCCUGUCCUCCAGUCGCCCGUAGCCCAGUCUCCUGUCCUCCAGUCCCCUGUAACCCAGUCUCCUGUCCUCCAGUCCCCUGUAGCCGAGUCUCGUGUCCUCCAGUUGCCCGUAGCCCAAUCUCCUGUCCUCCAGUCCCCUGUAGCCCAGUCUCCUGUCCUCCAGUUGCCCUCCCCUGUAGCCCAGUCUCCUUUCCUCCAGUCCCCUGUAGCCCAGUCUCCUGUCCUCCAGUCACCUGUAGCCCAGUCUGUCCUCCAGUUGCCCUUAGCCCAGUCUGUCCUCCAGUUGCCUUUAGCCCAGUCUGUCCUCCAGUUGCCCGUAGCCCAGUCUCCUGUCCUCCAGUCGCCCAAAGCCCAGUCUCCUGUCCUCCAGUCGCCCAAAGCCCAGUCUCCUGUCCUCCAGUCCCCUUCGCCCGUAGCCCAGUCUCCUGUCCUCCAGUCGCCCGUAGCCCAGUCUCCUGUCCUCCAGUUGCCCAAAGCCCAGUCUCCUGUCCUCCAGUCCCCUGUAGCCCAGUCUCCUGUCCUCCAGUCCCCUUCACCUGUCCUCUGGCCAGUCCAGUCUGUCGUCCAGUCUCCUAUAGUCCAGUCAGUUCAGUCUGUAGCCCAGUCUUCUGUUCUCCAGUCCCCUGUAGCCCAGUCUACUGUCCUCCAGUCCCCUGUAGCCCAGUCUCCUGUCCUCCAGUCGCCCGUAGCCCAGUCUCCUUUCCUGCAGUCCCCUGUAGCCCAGUCUCCUGUCCUCCAGUUGCCUGUAGCCCAGUCUCCUGUCCUCCAGUCCCCUUCGCCUGUAGCCCAGUCUCCUGUCCUCCAGUCCCCUGUAGCCCAGUCUCCUGUCCUCCAGUCGCCUGUAGCCCUGUCUCCUGUCCUCCAGUCCCCUUUAGCCCAGUCUCCUGUCCUCCAGUCCCCUUCCCCUGUAGCCCAGUCUCCUGUCCUCCAGUCCCCUGUAGCCCAGUCUCCUGUCCUCCAGUCCCCUGUAGCCCAGUCUUCUGUCCUCCAGUUGCCUGUAGCCCAGUCUCCUGUCCUCCAGUUGCCUGUAGCCCAGUCUCCUGUCCUCCAGUCCCCUGUAACCCAGUCUCUCUGGACCAGCCAGUCCAGUCCCCUCCUGUCCCCCAGUCACCUGUCCUCUGGCCAGUCCAGUCUGUCGUCCAGUCUCCUAUAG